CGUGCAAGCAAUGCAGCAUAUCUCGACAACAAAUAUCCCUCCAAAUAUCAAUUAAAAAGUUAUGAAUUUCUUGAUUUUUCUCCAUUCCUUGGCGACACAGCGGUUAUUUUAUUGAGUGUUUCCAAACGCUAUCGAAGCAUGGCAAACACUGCAGUGAAGGAUUGAGAAACAAUAACGUGUUUUAAGACAAGAAAUACAAUACCAUUAGAAUGUCAGAUGAUAGUGAAGAUGAGGUUAACAUUAUGGCUCCCAUCGUGGAUGUGUCAUCUGAGAAAGGGGGCAAGUUAAACACAGCAAGGACAGAUAUAACAGAUUCCACUUACAGAUCUGAUAGCUUUGAUGAUGAUGAUGAUGAUGAUAAUGAAAGUAUAGAACAAGAUGAAGACAUUGCAAGUGAAGAUGAGAAACAUGAAAAAUCUUCCACAUCAAGAAAAACACAUCGCAAGAAAAAGAUUAAGAAAGGAAGGCAUGUUAUUGACAUGACACCUCCUGAUAAACUUCUAAAGAAAUGUCAGAAGAAAGCAAAACAUUAUGCCACAUUGAAAAAGAAUGAUAAAGCACUCAGGGAGCUCAUUAAAUGCACAGCUCUGGCUAGGAUAGUGUAUGGAGAUGGGCAUUGGAAAUAUGCAUCUGCUUAUUAUGCGUUAGCUGAGGGCUAUCUGGAACUUAAAGGUUAUGGCCCCCAGUCCAAAGAGCAUGCAGACACUGCAAAGGCUAUAAUGAUGUCGGGGAUUGCUACGUCUUCAUCUGAGUCAGAGAAGGCCUCCAUUAUGGAACUACUUAUGAACAUUCAUUUUAUCCUAGGGCGUGCACUCACAAUGUUGCAGAAAUACCCUGAGGCUGAAGCUGCCUUGACCAAAGCUGAACAGGUGGCAAAUAAGCGCAGCAAGUUGUCUUGUGUGAAGGACAGUGAGAUAGAUGAUGAUGAUACCAAGAUAUUCAUGGCUGUAGCAAGAUUGUAUGCCAAGCAACAGAAGCAUGCAUCAGCGACAGAGUAUUUUGAAAGAGCAUUGGAGAUUGUUAAACUGAAGGGAGAUGACUGUCCAGAGUUGAUUCCAAUCUACCAAUCUCUAGGCAAAGUGGAACAGAGUAAAGGGAAACAUGCUGACCAUGAACAUGCCAUUGAGAUGUUCUUGCAGGCUCAUUCUAUAUCAUCUGCAAAUAACAAGGCAGACAGCAUUGCCACAGCAGAGACAGCCAGAGCCCUUGCUAGUGCUUACUCUAAAACAGGGGAUGCUGAUGGUGAAACUUCAGCAGAGAGCUAUCUAAAUGAGUGUUUGGUCACAUACCAGCGUGUACAUGGACCGUAUCAUCAAACAACCCUGGACAUACAGGAUGACCUUGCUAGAUUGAUGGUUCGCACUGGCAGACAAGAGGAGGGCAUCUCUCUGUUGAGGUCAACUGUAGAGGCCAAGCAGGAGGUGUUUGGAGAAUACAGUGGGGAGGUUGCCGAUGUGUAUAAACUGAUAGGAUCUGUGUACCUUUCUGAGGGGAACAUGGAGAAGGCCCUCAAAGCCUUUAAAAAGUGUCAUACCAUGCAGAAAACUGUAUACGGAGAAAACCAUAAGAAAACUAAGGAUACUCAAAAAACACUCGAUGUUCUUCUAGCGAACCCUGCAUUAUCAUCAAAGAUGGGCAAGUCAAAGGCAGAUGAGUUAAAAGAUAGACCGAGAUUUAAUGGUAUAGUUAGUAGAACUGGGACAGCUGGACACUAGCAAUGCUGCAAUAUGCCAGACACUUAUCAAUGUAAUAGAGUUAACAAUACCAAGGGAUUGCAAUCAACUUCAUAUGCUCUGAUAAAGUAAAAGUAACGACACCUUUCCGACACUGAAUUCUGCUCCGAAUUUGCAAUUUCGACACCGAAUGUAUUCGACGCUGUUUCGACAAAGUUUCGAUACCGACUUUCGGCGCAGAAUCAGAUUCAAUACGGUAUCUGAAUUAUAGAAAAGAGACAUUCAACCAAUUUUCCCAUUAGAAAUUAACUAUAUUCUGCAAAAAUUCAAACCGACACAGCGCCAAAUUUGUAAUGGGAUCACAACGUUUAUUUCGGCACCGUUCAGGCGUCAAUUUGGUUGACGUUCUGGUGUCAAAAUUCAAAAUAAUUUGUAUUUGUACAUAAACUUUAUAAAAUAUAUAGUAUAUAUUAAGCUAAGUAGAAGGUGUAUUUAUAGUGUUACAUUUAUAGUUAUGUAGUUAUGUCACCACCAGAAAUUGUGACAUACAUUGUAUUGUCAGUAUUGUCUCUAUCUUUUUUUGUGGACGGUCAAUGAAUGUGUUGCAA